AUCACCCACUCUCUCUCUCUGUCUCUCUCCGAAUCUCCAUUCUCUUCUCUAGCUAAGCUGUCUCUGUCCAGCGAAAAAGAAAAAAACAUACUAACAAAAAAAAUUUAAAUCUAUCUCUCUCUCUGUCAAAUAACUUCUAGAGCCAAAUCCUCCUAUGAAAAACUGCCCAAGACCAGCACCCGUCUCUUUCACCGUCUUCAGUUCUUCCCCUUAUAUAGCUUUUUGCAGUGGGCUGGGAAAGUACCGUGUGGAAAUCGUACACACACACACACACACGCUCGCAUACAUUUGCGAACUUUCUCACAAAAGCUUCAUCUUUCUUUCUUCUCUAAUUAAUUAACAAAGAUGGCGGAACAGACCGUGGCAGUGAACAACCGAAGGCAUUCUGGGCACCAAGCCUUCGAUGUUUUCCUCAACCAGCAGCUUCCCCGAACUGCCUCCGACGCCUUCGACGACGACGGCAGUCCUAAGCGCACUGGGAGUUUUUGGACUGCAAGUGCUCAUAUCAUCACAGCUGUGAUUGGGUCUGGAGUUCUGUCAUUGGCCUGGGCCAUUGCUCAGCUCGGAUGGAUUGCUGGCCCCGUCGUCAUGAUAUUGUUCUCCGUCCUCACUUUCUACGGUUCUACUCUGCUCGCCGAUUGUUACCGUACCGGCGACUCCCUCACCGGCAAGAGAAACCACACUUACAUGGAUGCUGUCCGAUCCAAUCUCGGUGGGACCAAGGUCAAGAUCUGUGGAACAAUUCAGUACAUGAACCUUUUCGGAACCGCCAUUGGAUACACCAUUGCAGCAUCCAUAAGCAUGAUGGCAAUCAAGAGGUCGAAUUGCUUCCACGAGAGUGGUGGGAAGAAUCCCUGCCACACACCCAGCAAUCCAUACAUGAUUGCGUUUGGCAUCUCCGAGAUCGUUCUCUCCCAAAUCCCCGGCUUUGAUCAAAUAUGGUGGCUCUCCAUUGUCGCUUCCCUCAUGUCCUUCACCUACUCUAGCAUCGGUCUCGCCCUUGGCAUUGCAAAAGUUGCAGAAAACAGAAAAAUCAAGGGAAGUGCCACCGGAAUCCAUGUUGGCAUGGUGACCCAGACCCAGAAAGUGUGGAGGACCUUCCAAGCCCUUGGCAACAUAGCUUUUGCUUACGCUUUCUCCUUUGUCCUCAUCGAGAUUCAGGACACGAUCAAAUCCCCACCAGCAGAAUCCAAGACAAUGAAAAAGGCAUCUUUCAUGAGCAUUGCAGUGACAACUGUCUUCUACAUGCUCUGCGGCUGUAUGGGCUACGCUGGAUUUGGGGAAACCGCCCCCGGGAACCUCCUCACUGGGUUUGGUUUCUUCAACCCUUACUGGCUUCUUGACAUAGCCAACGCUGCUAUAGUAAUCCACCUGAUGGGAGCAUACCAAGUGUAUAGUCAACCCCUUUUCGCCUUCAUUGAGAAAUUUGCCGCAGACAGAUUCCCAAACAGCCGUUUCAUCUCCAAGGAAAUCAAAAUCCCCAUCCCCAGUUUCCCCUCCUAUAGCCUCAACCUCUUUCGACUGGUGUCGCGAACCAUCUUUGUGAUCAUCACCACGGUGAUAUCGAUGAUUCUCCCCUUCUUCAACGACGUGGUCGGGCUUCUUGGGGCUCUUGGGUUCUGCCCCCUAACCGUUUACUUCCCGAUACAAAUGUAUAUUGCACAAAAGAAGAUUCCAAAAUGGAGCAGCACAUGGAUCGGCUUCCAUAUCAUCAUUUUUGUUUGCCUUGUGGUUUCCUUGGGUGCUGCUGCUGGCUCCAUCGUUGGGAUGGUUCUUGAUCUCGAUGCUUACAAGCCCUUCAAGACCACCUACUAGCUCAAUUUGUUGUGACAGGUAAAAGAUCAAUGGAGAUUUUCUAAGGAAAUGAACAUGAACUGAUAUUUCUCGUUGAGGUUCAGAUGGGGUUAAUCCUGUUGUUAGCUACUCUAUAGUUGCAUCUUUGUUUCACAAAAUUCUCCAGUGUGUUUGCUCGGUUUUUUUCUUAGUUUUAUAUACUUGGCACAUCAUUACUAUUCAUUUGCUUCCCUUCCAUAUGCUUUUAAUUAAUAAUGGGAACUAAAUGAAUAGUGGUGAUGUAUUUAAUACAUCUGUGCGGUCUUUUGAUUUUUUAGGGGAGGAAAAUAAUGAAAUUGUGGGGUUUGGUUUGUA